UGUCCAAAAGCAACACUUCCACACACGACUCGAAUACAACACUGCGUGCGCGCUUAGAGUUCAGUGGUAAAGACAAGUUGACAGCUCUUUCCGUUUCCUUUUUCGCGUGAGCCGUCAUCAUGAGAGCCAAGGGAUUGUUGAAGGAGUACGAAGUCGUUGGCCGCAAGCUGCCCAGCGAGAAGGAGCCACAGACGCCUCUGUACAAGAUGCGCAUCUUCGCUCCUGACAACAUUGUUGCCAAAUCCCGUUUCUGGUACUUCUUGCGUCAACUGAAGAAGUUCAAGAAGACCACCGGCGAAAUUGUCUCCCUGAAACAGGUGUACGAGACAUCUCCCAUUAAGAUCAAGAACUUCGGCAUCUGGCUGCGUUACGAUUCUCGGUCUGGCACACACAACAUGUAUCGCGAGUACCGUGACCUGACAGUUGGCGGUGCCGUUACACAGUGCUACCGUGACAUGGGUGCCCGUCAUCGUGCCCGUGCCCACUCCAUUCAAAUCAUCAAGGUGGAGUCGAUUGCUGCUGCCAAGACGCGUCGCGUGCACGUUAAGCAGUUCCACGAUUCCAAGAUCAAGUUCCCAUUGGUCCAGCGUGUCCACCACAAGGGCAACAGGAAGCUGUUCUCGUACAGAAAGCCAAGGACUUACUUCCAGUAAAGAAGUAAAAGAGCGAGUGACACCCACAAACAAAUCAGCUGACGUUAAAGCGCACUACGUGUGUUUUGCUCUAAUUGGUUUUCAAAUUUUUAAGGAACGUCUUUCUAAGUGAUUCUUUCAAUAAAAUGAGUACGUUGAAGAGUAAACCAAA